ACGCAUUUCAGUUAUGCAUCCUUCACACACCAUUGCCUGUUUAACACUAUGUUUAUUUGACACAGUCUGUAAACACAGUCACGUUUUGUUGGAUAUAGUUUGUUAAAUUAUCUUCUUAUAGUGGAUAGAUUGGAAUAAGAAAUACAGCAAAUUUUAUAAUAUUCCUGAAAAGAAGAAGAUGGCUAGUAAAUGAUUGAAGUCAGUGUCUUGAAACUAAGAUUAGAAUAUAUUUUAAGCAAUCCAAUUUCAACACAUUGUAUGAACUAAACUGUGUUGUUGCGCUAUAAAACCAAACAAACAAAAAGGCAACACAUGGUAUCAGAGAAGCAUUAAGUUGUGUUAGCUGACAGUGUAGCAGCAAUAGCAAUGUCUUCAGAAAAUGAUGAAGUGAUUCAGGAUAGUGUAGAUGUUGGCAACAAAAUGAAUAAGAUGGACAGACAGUCUGAACAAACAGUAGGCACCAGCAAUGAUGCUGGUGGACGGAGGCAUUUUGUGGAAGAUGUAACUUCUGAUACCUCACCUCUCCUAGGAGCCAGUAUUGAUAGCGAAGAAAGUUGGAUAAAGCUCGAUAGUGAUCUUAAAAGAGAGCGUGAAGACGCCACUGAGCAAGUAGACAUAGAAGUUGAAGACAUAAGCCUAAAUAACAUUCAUAUGAAUACAUUCCCUGGUUUGGAACAAAGCUUGGAAGACCAAAUUAUAGAUCAGUCUAACAAUAACGUUGAAGAUAUAAGUAACAGUAAAUCAUUUUAUAAUGAAAAGUCAGAUAGACCUCACACAUACAGAAUGGAUAGCAAUCAGAAUCAUGCUAGAAGUAAUGUUGAAGAUUCAAAAUUAAUUGAAAAGACAUCUGCUGUGGUAGAAGAAAAAAAAUAUGACAUUGAAAUUACAAAUAUCGAACCAUCUCUGAUAAGUGAAUGUGACUCGGAUGUGAAAGAAGAAGAGGUUUUAAAAGUUGAUGCUUUAGAUGGAGAAGAAAUUGUUUGCAUGUCCAGAAGGGAGCGUGUUUCCAUAGGUGAUUAUCAUUAUAUCCGAAUGAAUGCAUUUCCUCUUACCAAACAUGAUGCAGUAUCUUCAUUAGAUUCUGUAAGUAGUGACGAAGUAGAUGGGGAAGUGUUUGAAGAUACCACAAAGGAGAAUUGUUCUGCUCUUGGUGAACCGAAUAGUGUUGAAAAACAGGAAAAGUAUAAAAGAGACAAAAAGAGAGCUGUCCGGUUUCUUGCUUCUUACUGGAGCAGGGAUUCGUUAGAAGCAGUUGAUAUGAUUGAUGCUGACUUUAAUGGGAAUAAUGAAGAUGAUGAAGUUGACAUGGAUAUCGUACCGAAAGUAAACAUAAGAACGGAUAGGAGUCAGUCAGUCGUGAAAAAACAUGCUUCCGUUCUAGGUGAACUUAAAUCUCAAGUGAAGGCAGUGAAACAAGAACAAUUACAGAAAGAAAAGGAUGCAAGGAGACGGUUUGGCAAUGUUUUAAAAGAAUUAAAAGCAUACAGCCUGGAAUUGGAUGAGGAGACAAAAUGGAUACGUGGUCACAUAAAACGCCGGGAAUGUUCAAGUUUUAUACCACCUGCCAACACUCCAGAAGAAGAAAGGAGAAAAGUUAAUUGCCAGUGUGGAUAUGCCUACAACAAACAUAUUCCAAAUGCAGACAAAAAGCACCUGGAAGAUGAAAAGUGGGCAUACAAGAAACAUUCCAUCCAGAAAACAACAAAUGCGUUUGGAGACAUAGAAUUUGUGGGCUAUGGUGGAAAUGUGGGAAAGUAUAUACGGGUAGACGUAGACACAAAGAUGUCGGACAUGUUAGACCUGAUGAUGCAGGUAUGGGGACUGGACAAGCCAAAUCUUCUCAUCUCAGUGACUGGUGGUGCCAAAAACUUUCAAAUGAACAAACGACUCAAGGAGACAUUCAGACGAGGUCUGAUGAAGACUGCUUUAACAACAGGAGCUUGGAUUGUGACAGGAGGGACUCAUGCUGGUGUGAUGAAACACGUAGGCGAAGCUGUUAAAGAUUUUGGUGUAGCAUCAACAUCAAAGAACCCUGUUAUCUCAAUUGGUAUAGCACCAUGGGGGUGUAUACAAAACAAAGAAGUUCUCAUUGAUGAUCAGUGUACAGGAUUGUGGCCAGCUAACUACAGAAUUGAGAAGGAACAGAAACCUAAGGAGAGUUUUCUUGACCCAAAUCAUACACAUUUUAUCCUUGUGGAUAAUGCUACAGAACACAAGUUCGCAGUGGAGAUUCCGUUCAGAGCAAGACUAGAAAAUAAAAUAGCCAAAAUAAGAACAGACACAGGAGACAAUGCAGUAUCAGUGCCUAUAGUGUUGUUAGUGUUGGAGGGCGGACCAGGUACGUUGGAGACGGUACAUCAAGCUAUACAAAACAAUACACCAUCUGUGAUAGUAAAGGGGUCGGGUAGAGCUGCUGAUAUUCUAGCAUACGCUUAUCAGAACUCAAAGGAAGAAGAAAUAGAAGCAACAGACCAGGAAGGAAAGAAACAGAAAAAAGCACGGAGAUUCAUGGAUGAUUCCCUGCUAGUAGAAGUGAAAGAGAUGGUGGAAAAAGAGUUUAAGAACGAUGUAGAUACACAUGUUGGUCGUAUAAAAGACUGUCUAGAAAAAUGUGACCUCAUGUCAGUGUUUGAGCUAGAUAAUAAGUCAGGUGUUAAAGAGAUUGAUGUUGCUAUGUUACAGGCAUUAUUGAAAGCCAAUAAGAAUCAGGUAUUUGACCAGCUACGUCUUGCCCUAGCCUGGAACAGAAUUGAUGUUGCAAAAAGUGAUAUCUUCACUGAUGAUAAAAGAUGGCCGACUGGAAGUUUGGACGAUGUUAUGUUCUCUGCUAUACAACUGAACAGGGUAGAUUUUAUUGAACUGUUUCUGGACCAUGGAGUUUCUCUCAGGGAAUUUCUUACAAAGAAAAGACUUCUAUUGUUAUAUAAUAAGAUAUCUUCAAAUUGUUUACUGAGGACUUUGCUGGACAGAGUCAAACACAAGGAGGACAGUCAUCGGAAGAAUUUCUCGCUACUAGAUGUAGGUAUUCUGAUUCAAAGUUUGAUGGGUGAUUCAUUCCGUCCUAUAUACACAACUAAACCAGAAUAUGCCUAUCUAGAUGUUGACCUGUUACUUGAUGGUUUAACAACAAAGAAAGCUAAAGAAGGAGGGAUAUCUGCAUUCAAAGCAAUGACGGAACUUGCAAUGAACCCUGCAAGUAACCAAGACGAUGUUGAUGGUAGAGCAAAUCAGAAACAUCAGUCAAAUUCUGACUUUGAGAAUCCAUCUCAGGAACUGUUUAUAUGGUCUGUACUGAUGAUCAGACAAGGUAUGGCUAAACUGUUCUGGGCGGAAGGCAAGGAUGCUAUAGCUGCAGCAUUAGUGGCUAACAGCAUACUUCAAGCUAUGAGAAAUAAAACAGAUGACACAGAAGUGGUGCUCAAAAUCCAGCAUGACAUUGAUGAAUGGUCUGAGUUAGCAGUAGGUGUGUUGAGUGAAUGUUACUCAACGGAUGAGAAGAAAGCUCAGGAUUUGUUAGUACGGGAGCAGACUAACUGGGGUGAUACAACAUGUAUGCUGAUAGCCGUUAAAGCUGAUAACAAAGUCUUCAUCUCACAGACAGCAUGUCAGUCUUUACUGAACAGUAUAUGGAUGGGAAAGCUGGCACAAGAUAAUUCAUCAUGGAAGCUGGUGUUAUGUGUACUAUGUCCACCUUUAGCAUUGGUUCUGCUAAACUUUCAAAAGAAGCAGGUUGAAAAACCUAACAACCAAUUACAAAAUCAGCUUUAUGAGUUGGAUAAUAAUAAAAAGGAUGAUGUUGAUAAAAAACUUGUGAGACGACAGACGACAUUUAUGAAAAGCAAUUUGAAAGGAAGUAGAACCUCAUUACGAGUAGGUGAAGAAAGUAAGGACCAAACUGAGAAUGAUGAGCAAGAACAGAAAAAAAUGUUGGGUGUUCGAGAAAGAAUCUACUACUUCUUUAAUGCCCCAGUGAUCAUCUUUAUGAAUAAUGUGUUGUCAUACCUUGUGUUCCUAGGACUGUUCACGUAUGUUCUGAUAUUUGAUUUCAACCCAAAUGUAACAACUGCUGAGAUCAUUCUCAUGAUCUGGGUAUUUACAAUUUUCUCAGAGGAAGUACGACAGAUAUCGAGGGAUAUUUUAUCUCAAAAUAGAAGACAGGUUGCAACAACUGCUUCUAAUUCCCUGGCGGCCAAAUUACAAAGUUAUAUCACGGAUACCUGGAAUAUCGUGGACAUUAUAACGAUAGUGUUGUUCAUUAUUGGAAUGGUUCUCAGAUUUCUACCACAUUCAACUACGUUUGAGGCUGCCAGAGUAUUUCUCGCGCUCAAUUUUGUCUCGUUUUUCCUGCGUCUGCUGCAUAUAUUCUCUGUCCAUAAGGAGUUAGGACCAAAGCUUGUCAUGAUUGGUCGAAUGGUUCAAGAUUUGAUGUAUUUUCUGGUCAUAUUGAUGGUGUUUGUUGUGUCGUAUGCCAUCGCCUCACAUUCUAUCCUCUUCCCAAACUCUCCGUUAAGAUGGUACACCAUUGUAGACGUCAUACGGAAAUCUUACUGGAACAUUUAUGGUGAAUUAUUCCUUGAGGAAAUUGAAGGCACUGCUGAUUGUUCAUAUGAUGAGGUGAUGUGGUUGAACGGCACAUUACCUCGAUGUCCGACCGACACAGGAAAGAUAGUUGUACCUAUAUUAAUGGGAGUUUACAUGCUCCUAGCUAAUGUGUUACUUCUUAAUCUUCUCAUUGCCAUGUUCAGUUACACGUUUACAUUGGUCCAAGAUAAUACUGACAAACACUGGUUUUUCCAACGUUAUUCUUUGAUUUACGAGUAUUACACUCGACCAGUGCUGUGUCCGCCACUCAUAUUUUUCUCCCAUGUUUAUCUGCUUGUAAAGUUCCUAUUUUCCUGCUGCUGCUGUCAAAAAUCUACCUCUAAUAACGAUAACGAGGAUGAUUUCCGUCGUAAGUUUAAAAACGAGCGAGAGCUUGUUCAAUGGGAAAAUGUGAUAGCAGACGCAUUUCAUCAGAAAACAGAAUUAAAAGAUUUUGAAAGCAUGGAGUACAAAGUGAAUGACACAAAUACACUUAUAAAGGAGUUAACAAGUCGUAUAGAUGAGCUACAGGAGCAGCAGUUACAGUUGUCACUGUCAGAUAAUGUAUCCCAGUCACAGUCACACCUCACACCGAUCACACCUGUGUCACCAUCCAGUGUUAUUGUUAAAAUGCCGCCAAAACUUGAGUUUAGACUGGAAGCUUUGGAGAAAAGUAUGGAAAUGACACAUGACUCACUUAAGUGGAUUAUGAAUUCACUUAAAGAAGGAAAGGUGGCCAGUGAUACCAGUGUCCCGCCCACUUUCAUAGAUUGGGAGGAGCAAAGAUUAGAAGGAGAAAGAAAAUCUAAGAAGAAAAAGAAGAGAAAGCUAGAAAUCAAGGCUGGUGAGGAACGAGCCAAAGUUCGUGAGAUGUUACUGCGUGGGAUAAAUUGUCACUUUAGGUCUCGAACAUCACCAUAUCCCGGGUCACUUAUUUCAAGGUUUCCUGUUCCAGAUGAUAAAGUAUCAUGGGAGGCUGAGUACCCAGAAUACUCCCCCAGCGCCUACACAGCUCCGGAACUCGUACAAGAUUUAAGGCCAGAGUGGGCUGAUAUAGAUAUAUUUCAAUUGACACCGCAACAAAGGGAGGCUGCUAUUACCUCCUUCAAUGCAGUGGAUGGGGAGAAACAAGUGGACAGGAUGAGUUUUCUUGGUGAAUAUGUUGUACAGAAUGGUUUACCCUUGAAUCCAAAAGGUCGCACAGGUCUACAGAGUCGGGGACUUCUAGGAAGAUGGGGUCCGAAUCACGCUGGGGAUCCUGUAGUUACUCGAUGGAAAAAGAAUGCAGACGGGAGCAAAGUACUGAAGGAGGGUAAACCAGUGUUAGAGUUUGUAGCCGUGCUCCGUGCAGACAACCAGAUGUGGGCUCUUCCAGGGGCAAUUUUACCACCAGGAGCUAAGCCAGCGGAUCAUUUGCAGGCUGAUUUCACUGAUGAAGCCAUGGGAUCUCUAGAAGGUUCUAGCAAUGAAAAAGUAGUAAGAAAGAAAAUGAACAAAAUUUGGAAGAAAGGAGUAAAAAUAUACGAAGGUUAUGCAGAUGACCCACGUAACACAGACAACGCAUGGAUUGAAACGACAGCAAUUAGUUACCAUGACGAGGAUGGGGCGGCCUUCUCUCAAUGCAACCUACGGGCUGGUGAGAGGGCAGAGCUAGUCACAUGGUUAACCGGGUCACACAAGGUGACCUUGCACGGAUCACAUUUGUAUCUAGUAAAACUUGCUGCAGAAAGACUUGGUGCUUAUUUUUAAAAACUUUUUAGCACUUAAAAACUUAACAUAGUUAUGUCAUAGCUAGGGAAAUAAAAAUAAACUACAUUAUCCAUUAGUGCAAAGCUGAAGGUAUUUACAGUGUUCUUGGAUUAAAUACGAAAGUUAGAAAAAUGUAAGAGGAAAGGUAGAUGAAGGCAGGGUAACAAUGUUGUAAUAUUGUUUUGUGCAGAUCUGUGAUAUGGCUAAUUAAAAUAUGCAGCUAUUUGUAAACUACAAUGUGGGAAAUAUUUUCGUGUAUGAAAUAUUUUAGCUAGUUAAUUUAUUUUACUUUUUUAAAAAGGAAUGCCAGUUAUUUUUUUAUAAUUUUUUUCUAAAUUUAUUGGCUAGUUUUCGUUAAAAUUUUAACCAUUUUGCUUUCAUAAGUGUACUCAUCUUUUG